UAUUAUUUUGGGAUAUGUUUAAAACCUUAGAUGAUUUGAAGAAAAAUGACAAAGAUGAAAAAAAAUAGAAAACUAGUAAUUCUUAUGCUGGAGGUGAAAAAAGGUAUUCUUAUAGAUUAAAUUUAUAAGUGGACUUUCUAUUGAAAAUCCUGAUGAUUACAAUGAAUUGAUCAAUAAGGCGUAUUAAUCUAUUAAAAAGCAUAUAGAAAAGAAGGAGGUGCAUAACCAGAUGGAAAUGAUGAUCCAAAAGAAUGGUGCAAAAUUACAUUAUGGAAUAAUGGAUUUUAAAUAAAUGAUGGAGAAUUCAAAGACAUUAAUGAUCCAGAAAAUAAGAAAUUCAUAGCAGAAUUAAAAUAAAAGUAAUUGAAAUUUUUAAUAGAAAGUUAAGUACCAACAGCUUUGAGAUCAAAAUAUCCAAAAGGAUUGAGUGUAAAAUUGGAAGAUAGAAAAUCAGAAAAAUAUGUACCACCUCCUCCACCUAAAUAUGUAGAAUUCAGUGGAUCAGGAGUUAGUUUGGGUUAAUAAUAAUUUGUUUAAUAAUAAUAACAAGUUAAAGUUGAUUUGAGUAAAUAAGGAUAAAUACAAAUUGAUCCUAAUCAACCUACAACAAAUAUUAUGGUAAGACUAUCAACUGGUAACACAAUAACCUUAACAGUUAAUACUACAACUAGAGUAACAGUAAUUCAAUAACAUCUUUUAAAGUAAAUAAAAAUAUUUAAUUAAUUAGAAUGAUGAAUUUACCUCCUCAAAAAUAAAUUUAGUUAAUUUCAGGUUUUCCACCAAGACCAAUUUGUAAUUUAAAUUAAACUGUGGAAGAAGCUGAUUUAUGUGAUUCCUAAAUCACGUAAACUAUUGUUUGAGU